GAACUGGUGCUCAGAUUGACAGAUUCCCAAGUCACCCUCUCCUCUCCAGCCAUCGGUGGUCGGAGACUGCGCGAGGACGAGCAGAGAAGCUUCCAUGGCGGAGGAAGCAACAGAGCAGCGGAGCCCCGCCACCCCCCGCCCAGUCCGCUGUAUCGUGAAGCUAGGCGGAGCGGCCAUCACGAACAAGGGGGAGCUGGAGAGCAUCGACGAGGGGAGCCUGCGGUCGGCGUGCGCGCAGCUGCGGCAGGCCAUGUCCGGGUCCGGCGACGCCACCCCGGGGAAGGUCAUGGGGAUGGACUGGAGCAGGAGGCCCGGCGAUCCGGCCGACCCGGUCGUGGACACGGACGGGUUCAGGGAUAUGGCUGGGCUGGGGAUCGACACCAACUUCAUCGUCGUCCACGGUGCCGGUUCUUUUGGUCACUUCCAAGCAAGUAGAUCUGGAGUCCAUAAGGGAGGGUUGCAUACACCCCUGGUGAAGGCUGGCUUUGUGGCUACCAGAAUUUCAGUGACUUCUCUCAACCAAGAAGUCGUUAGAGCAUUGGCAAGAGAAGGAAUACCGUCCAUUGGAUUGUCACCAUUUGCUUGUGGAUGGUCUACUCAGCAAAGGAAGCUUGUCUCAGCCAAUGCUUCUCAAAUCAUUCAGUCGCUCCAUGCUGGCUUUGUCCCUGUCUUGCAUGGAGAUGGUGUUCUUGAUGAGUUACUGGCCUGCACCAUAUUGAGUGGAGAUGUCAUUAUACGCCACCUUGCACAGCUUCUGUGUCCAAAAUAUGUCGUAUUUCUGACAGAUGUUCAGGGAGUAUAUGACCGUCCUCCAACUGACCCAGAUGCAGUACUUCUCAGAGAGAUAGAGGUAGAUGACAAUGGAGGCUGGUCUGUUGUAAAACCUGUAUUACAAGGCAACAAAAGAGGAGUGAAAACAUCGGUAGCUGCACACGACACCACCGGAGGAAUGGAGACCAAAAUAUUGGAAGCUGCUGCAAUAGCUCGGCUCGGAGUGGAUGUGUACAUUACGAAGGUUGAUACGAAGGACUCCCUCAGAGCCUUAAAGGGGGAUGUGGACACCAGCUCGGACGAUUGGUUUGGAACUGUUAUACGCUCUGCGAAGUAGAUUUCUCGCCACAAAUGUAUUCUACGCGUUUGAUUCGCAGCACCUUUUCGGUUAUAGGAACCGCUGGUGAGCUUUAAGUUCGUCAGAGAAUGAUUUUUUAUGUCACUUCCCACUGCAGAGCAUCAAACUGUUGUUUGGACGGUUGAUUUUAAUGGUCCCAAUGUUGCGAAAAUGUAGAGGUUUCACUCAUCA